UUUUUAUUUUUUUUUAUUGCCCUUGUAGGCAGACGAGCAUACGGCCCACCUGAUGGUGAGUGGUUACCGUCGCCCAUGGACUUCAGCAAUGCCAGGGGCAGAGCCAAGCCGCUGCCUACCGCUUAAUACUCUCCACAAGCCUCGUUUGAAGAAGGACAUGUCAUAGCGCUCGGGAAACACCGUGGAGGGGAGCUCAUUCCAUAGCCGGAUGGUACGUGGCAAAAAAGACCUCUGGAAACGCACUGUGGAUGACCGCAGUGGCUCCAGGUAGUAUGGAUGAACUCUACUCCGGUGGCGGGCGGUGCGAUGGUAAAAACGAGAUGCCGGUAUCAUCUCGAACAAUUCCUCAUAUUAACGGUGUCCGAGAAUUGAAGAAAAUACAAUGAACGUAUUCAUUCAAAAGAACAUUAUGACGCAUAAAGCUGAAAAACGUUACGUGGCUAUAUAAGCAACGUCGGCUCCAUUUAAAAUCGUCCGUACCAGAUAUACUUUCAUAUGUAAUUAAGUUCUGGACCUGGGUGCGCGGCUCUGAAAAGAUGACCACUGUGAACUUUAAAUUAAUUUUAACAAUUUCACUACUGAUUUCAAAUGUAUUUGCGUUCGAACGCGUUCCUUGCGACUUAAGCGAUGUGGUGUGCACGACGCAAGCUUCCGUCAACAUAUACCACAAUAUAGUUAAUGGUAAACCAGAAUUCGGAAUAGAUCGUAAUGAUCCUCUGCAUCGGGACUCAAUACAAUCGAUCUCCCAACGCCUGAACUAUACGUUAACAAAUGCAUAUUUGUACGGAUUGAAGCAUUGUGCUAUUCAUCAACUGAAAUUUAACAUGAACGAAUUAACAUGGGAAUUUUACUUGACAUGCCCUCGUCUCAUUCUGGAAGCUGACUAUGAUAUUAAAGGUGAAAUAAUGUCACUCAAUAUAGAUGGAAAUGGACCUUGCAGAAUUGUUUAUGAUAACUACAUAAUCGGGUUAACUGGAGGAUUGCAGCUCUACAAUGGCCCAAACGAGAACUCUUACAUACACGUAACAGAGUUUAAAAUGAGUUAUUUGGAUGUAAGAGGACUCGCCACAUAUCAAUUCAACAAUUUGUACAAUUCAGAUCCUGAACGAGCAUUUAUCAUGAGUAAUCUUCUCAACGCGAACUGGCAGAGAGUGACCGCAGCAACACAAGAGCCUGCAAUGUAUGCGGUAUUCGAAAAGUUCAUCGAAAGCGUCAAUAAAUACUUAAAGCACGUGCCCAUAAAACAGCUGUUUGCUAGAACAGUCCUUUGAUAUUCAUCAUUGUUUCCUGUCCUGUGUACAAACAUCAUAACUAUACAAAGAAAAA